AUGAGCGAGAAAGCCGAAUGGACACAUUGGGACACAAAGAGCCAAGGAAGACAAUUGAACUUCCUUAGGACUGGAUUUCGAGAAUCCUAUGGAAGGCCAGAAGAAAAAGUGCUCAUCAACCGUCAUGAGGUCACAAUUAGCACAGUAAGGCCUUGGGCUAAAGAUGCCUGGGACAUGCAGGAGUUCUUCACUUACAUGUACAUCAGGCAGCUCCUUCGACAUCCGGCCUUCCAGCUGCUACUGGCUUUGCUUCUGGCAGCCAAUGCCAUUACCAUCGCUGUGCGCACUAAUGUUUACCUUGGCCAGAAACACUAUGAGUUAUUCUCUGCCAUAGAUGACAUCGUGCUUACAAUUCUCAUGUGUGAAGUUCUGCUUGGCUGGUUUAACGGCUUCUGGAUCUUCUGGAAGGAUGGAUGGAACAUACUCAACUUUGUGAUUGUCUUUAUGCUGGUGCUGAGCCUUUUCUUCGAAACGCUCCAAACCAUUUCCAUCAUUUACACCCUGAGGGUAUUGAGACUGGUGCAAGUAUGCAUGGCCGUGGAACCCCUGGCCCGGAUUCUGCGUGUCAUUAUGCAGUCCGUGCCUGACAUGGCCAACAUCAUGGCGCUGAUCCUCUUCUUCAUGCUGGUUUUCUCUGUUUUUGGAGUCACCCUCUUUGGCUCCAUGGUCCCUCAACAUUUCCAGAACAUGAAAGUGGCCCUUUAUACUCUCUUCAUCUGUAUCACCCAGGAUGGGUGGGUGGACAUCUACAAGGACUUUCAGAAGGAAAAAAGGGAUAUCGGGAUAGAGAUCGGGGGUGCUGUUUACUUUGCCAUCUUCAUCACCAUUGGUGCCUUCAUUGGCAUUAACCUGUUGGUGGUUGUCGUGACCACGAACCUGGAAGAGAUGAUGAAGGAGCGGGAGCGGGAGCAGCAGCAGGAGGUGACGACUUUCACCAGCCUGGAGAUGAGCCAAGAUGACUACACAAGCGACGAGAAACCAGAGCUUCAGCUAGUGCAUUGUAGGGAAUGCAUCGCAGACUGGGGCGGGUCGUCCAAGCAGGAGCCGCUGUCUGGAGGGCCGUUGAAGAACCUGUCUGAGAACACCUGCGACAACUUCUGCCUGGUGCUCAUAGGCAUCCAAGAGAACCUGCAGGCCUACAAGGAGAUCCGGGAGGAGAUCAACAGGAUUGUGGAAGAGGUUCGCUCCAUCCGCUUCAACCAGGAGCAAGAAGAAGAGAUGCUACAACGAAAGUGGCAUCGGAACCUUUCUGAAGCGAGUGAAACCUCGGUGCACAGCCAAGACAUCCUGUCCAGGCUCAUGAGCAAGGAAAGGACUCUGGAUACCAGAAGAUGA